CAAAACCAACGGCGGCUGCGGGGCCGGGAGAGCAGCAGCUGAGUCAGUGAGAGCAGCAGGCGCCGGGGCAGCAGCAGCAGCUCCCGCACAGUCCGCCGCACCUAGCCUCCGGGAUACCAGCCGCAGCCCCCGAUCCGUCCUGCACUGUACCCGUAACCUCUCAGCCCAUCACCCCCGCCGCAGCAAUGGCCCAGGUAGACGCCAGGGCGGUCGCCCAGCCCGCCAAGCCUCCCGGGGUGGCCGGACCUGCCGCGGUGAAGGAAAUCCCGGAGAUUCUGGUGGACACCCGCACCAGGCGCCGCUACCUCCGCGGCCGCUUCCUUGGCAAGGGCGGCUUCGCUAAGUGCUACGAGAUCACGGACCUGGGCAGCCGGGUGGUGUACGCCGGCAAAAUCGUGCCGAAGACCAUGCUGCUAAAGCCACACCAGAAGGACAAGAUGACCAUGGAGAUCGCCAUCCAGCGCAGCCUGGGGCACCGGCAUGUGGUCGGCUUCCACGGCUUCUUCGAGGACAACGACUUCGUCUACGUGGUGCUGGAGCUCUGCCGGCGGAGGUCUUUGUUGGAGCUGCACAAGAGGAGGAAAGCAGUGACUGAGCCGGAAGCUCGCUAUUACCUGCGCCAAACUAUCAUGGGCUGUCAGUAUCUUCACAGCAGCAAGGUCAUCCAUAGAGAUCUUAAACUUGGGAAUCUGUUUCUCAAUGAUGAGAUGGAGGUCAAAAUAGGUGACUUUGGGCUAGCGACCAAAGUGGAAUUUGAUGGGGAGCGGAAGAAAACCCUCUGUGGGACACCAAACUACAUUGCACCUGAGGUUUUGGGCAAGAAAGGACACAGUUUUGAAGUAGACAUCUGGUCUUUAGGAUGCAUCAUGUACACACUACUGGUUGGUAAGCCUCCCUUUGAAACAUCAUGUCUAAAGGAAACCUACAUAAGGAUUAAGAAAAAUGAAUAUGCAAUUCCUAAGCACAUCAACCCUGUAGCAGCAGCCCUGAUCCAGAAAAUGCUCCGCUCUGACCCUACCACUAGGCCCACUAUAGAUGAGCUCCUCAAUGAUGACUUCUUCACCAAUGGUUACAUUCCCUCCCGACUCCCCACUACCUGCCUGACUGUGCCCCCUCGGUUCUCCAUUGCACCCAGCAGUGUUGAGCAGAGUUUCCGGAAACCACUUGCUGCUAUAAACAAAGACCAGGAUUCUCCACAAGUAGAGAAACAAGUGGCACCUUGUAAGGAUGAAGAGAUGAUACCGCCAGAGAAUGCAGAACCUGCAGACUGUUACCUGUCUGAAAUGAUGGAACAUCUCACCAGUGUCAAUGCUGCUAAGCCAUCAGAGAAAGCUGUGAUCAAUCAAGAUGAAGCGGAGGAUCCUGCUUGCAAUCCAAUAUUCUGGGUCAGCAAAUGGGUGGAUUAUUCUGACAAGUAUGGAUUAGGUUACCAGCUGUGUGAUAACAGUGUUGGUGUACUGUUCAAUGACUCAACUCGCUUGAUAAUGUACAAUGAUGGCGAUAGUCUUCAGUAUAUAGAGAGGAAUAAUGCGGAGUCUUAUCUCAACGUGCGCUCAUACCCACCAGCUCUAACAAAGAAGAUUACACUACUGAAAUACUUCAGGAACUACAUGAGUGAACAUCUACUGAAGGCCGGCGCCAACAUCACCCCACGGGAAGGUGACGAGCUGGCCCGUCUACCCUUCCUUCGAACCUGGUUCCGGACACGGAGUGCCAUUAUCCUACACUUGAGUAAUGGAACAGUCCAGAUAAACUUCUUCCAGGAUCACACAAAGAUCAUUCUGUGUCCUCUUAUGGCUGCUGUGUCCUAUAUCGAUGAGAAACGGGAAUUCCACACUUACAAGCUGAGUCUGAUAGAGGAAUUUGGCUGCUGCAAGGAGUUGGCGAGCCGCCUGCGAUAUGCCCGCACAAUGGUGGAGAAACUGCAGAACUCUAAGUCUGGUGCCAUACAUGUAAAGGCUGCUGUGUAGCUAGACUACCAAAACUUGGAUGCGGUCUCCCCUGUUUCUGGCUCCCAUGGUACAGAACUCUUGUAUCCAAGUGGGAGGGUGUACGAUCAUGGCCGCGGCACACUGUUUUUAUUCCGGAGCUGAGAAUUGAAAUCUAAACGUUGUCUAAUGUUCAAGACUGUACAGUUCUUCCACUUUUAUCUAGCAGUGAUUACUGCUGUAGAUGCCUUCUAAGUAACUGGCUGUUGGGUGGUAUCCUCAUGAGACAUCCUGAGCGUCCUGUCCUUUUGUCACUUAUCCAUGUUGUCAGGUUUUAAUGUAAAAUAUGAAACUUUAUAACUUUUGUAUAUUAAUAUCAGAUUAAAGUUCUUUGUAUAUGUA